AUGUUCUCCCGUCUCGUAUUCCGUCGGGCCUCCUCCACAGCCCCACAUAUUCCUAUGCCCUCGCCUCGCGCUUCAACCAAGGCUUCUGCCAAAGUCUCGGGUAUCAAAGCUCUUACUCAACGUUAUGGUAAAGCUGCCAUUGUAGUCUAUGCCGGGUUAUGUAUUCUAGAUCUCCCGCUAUGUUUUAUGGCUGUUCGUCAACUAGGUGAAGUACGUACUGCAUUACUACUAAACAAGGCCAAAUUACUAAUAGGUCGUGGCGAAUCUGAUGAAGAUGCGUUACAUGCUCGCUUGGAACAACAUGUGGCUAAUGAAAAUGCUAAUGAGAUGACUACUAGAUCCUGGAAUGAAGGACCACUAUUGGGCCAGCUGUUAAUGGCUUAUGCUCUCCACAAGGCUCUCAUCGUGGCUCGUCUGCCAUUGACUGCUGCCAUCACACCGCGUGCAGCACGUGUUCUGUGUCGUCUGGGCCUUCACGUGCCAGUAUAA